UGUGGGUGGGUGUAGGAUUUGGGAUUAGCCGUAGCCGCAGGUAAUAGCCAAACAUUGGGAGACUCUCGGCUACACAAGACUGAGUUUUACAAAAAGGAAACGACGCGAAUGAGCUGAGCUGUGUUGUUCGGUCGAGGCAUCUGACUUUAGGCGUGCAGAGUCUGUUGUUCCGUGGAGGCACAGUCACCUGGAAACCUGUGGGCGGACGAAGCCUUUCUUUCUGUGUUUGAGGCGCUAGCAGAAGUUUUCUCUCUGAGACUUCCGCGGUUUGCUCGCUGAACAAGUUAUCUGGGAUAAAAGACGGCCACAAGUGUUUCCUCUUAUGCGGUCCCAGGCAUUUUGAGCCAUGCCUGGCCACAGCACAGGGGCUCCCCAGGCGUCCCGCCACCACAAACACCACAGCUCCAGCUCCAGAGCAGAGAAGUACCGACAGACUCGGACUAUAUCCAGAGAGAGCACGGCCAGCCAGGACUCCUACAAGGAUCCUCAUGGAGAGCAUCUGCACGAGCACCACACUGACCACUCCCGGUAUUUGGAGAACAAGUACGGUCGUAGCAGAGGCCACCCACAAAAUGGCACAGGACGAGGAUCGGAGACUAUAGGAUUUAUUCCUGGGUCAGCAGACAGCACGCCUACCAGCAGACAUGCCUGUGGCUCCUGCGCCUCCAUGGGCUGGAGUGGCUGUAAGGCGCUUAUCUGCUGUGUACUGACCUGUGGAUUUUAUGGCAGCCGAGAGCCCUGCCUGCCUGUUAACGAGAGCUCCACAGACCAUCCCCCUAAAGCAGGUAGCGAGCCUCAGCCUCCUAAUGGCAUGGCUGUGACCAACCCCACUUGCGGCAUCCCUUUGGAAUCCAGCAAGUCUGCCAAGCCGUCUAAGUUGCCCACAAGUGACAGCUUCCGCUACCCGGAUGUGCGCAUUGCAGGUCAGACAGUAAGAUAUCCGGUUGCUGCCCCUAAACGGACCCGUACGCCUGGCAAGGGGGAAAGCCAACGGCCUGUUAGCAACACCAGCCUCUUAUCCCGUGAGGACUAUGACUUGGACGACCUGAGUGACACGGGCACAGACAUUGACUCUCUCAUCACCAAGAAGCUGCUGGAGCUUUACGCCCUGCACCAGAUCGACCAGCUGGCCAAGUGCACCUCCGACUCCUCUUUCUCCCGCAAGACCAACGAGAUCAGCGAGCUCAUCUACAGCAUCGCCCAGGACUACAACCUGGAGGAGCAGGAGGCCGAGUGCAAGCUGGUGCACGGCGUCAUCCGCAUCAGCACGAGGAAGGGCAAGAGAAACAAGAGCCAUCAGUCGACGGGGCAGCGUCCGAAUGGGAGGAACGACGGGACUCUCCCGGACAGCGGCAACGAGACCAUGACCAACACUUUCAUGAGCAGUGACUUUCCGGAGGUGAAGGUGUCGGAGCAGACGCCAUCGGACGAGCUGGCGAGGAAAAUGAGGCAUUACAGCGGGAGAACGUACUCCUCCAGCACCGCCACAGCCCACUCCCCCUACCACCAUGACACUGAAACAGACUCCUCUGGCGCUCCCCUGCUUCUCUGAAGGGCGACACAGAAACAAAAGUGCCCAUGCUGACAAAGUGAUGCAGCCAAUGAGAUGGACAAUGUUAUAAUGUUAUAGGGGUUUUUUUUGCACCUUUUACCCUGGGCAGUUGUACUUUUCCUUUUAGUGUUCUGGCUAAUGUUUGCGAUUGGAGUGUCAUUUAAAUUCAUGGACCUUUUAUCUUUGCAGCAAAUGACCCACUGAAACACGGGGAGAGACAAUUGAAGCCUUUUUUUUUUACGUAUUUGUAUGCAGUGCUCAAAGUUACUACACUCCAUGCAAGCUUAGCAUGCAGGCCAGAGGAUAGACUGAUGGAAGAACAUAACCGUCCUCAUUCUUCUCUUUGUGAUUGUUUAUGCAAGCCAGUGUGCAUGCACUGUAUGGGUUUAUUGACUCCUGCCAUUUAGAGUCCUUUAAAGCAUGUUAUGUCCUGAAAACUGUAUUGUUAAGCCAUAUUUUGAUGUACAUAUUUUUAAAUCAAUGUUACUUUCUAGGUUGUCAAACCACUUGUGGCAUUUGGCCAUAGAUUUUUAUUCCUGGGUAAGUCCUGUUUUUAACAAAAUAAAAAUCUCCAUGCUUGUUUAUGCCUUGUCAUGUGCAUUCAGUGAGGAAAUAUCUA